AAAAUUGCGUUGGAAUUUAUAUCUACUCCCCUUCGUUCUCACAUCAAACUACUUCAUCCAGAAAAAAACAAAGCAUUCACAUUUAAUAAUUUCUUCAAUUAACAAUAAAUGAAUGUACGUGGUUGAAGAUCACAUUGGGUUCCCCAAUCUCUGCACUUUCCUUUCCUCUCAAUCAAUUCAUUUUCCAAGGAUUUGACUCACGCAGUUUUCGUAAUCUGUGGAUUCGAUAUCAGCGACGCGAUUGAGUAUCUGUGUUUGCGGAGACUUAAAUCCGAGCUCAGUUUGGUUGCAAAGAAAAAGAAAGAGUUUUCUGCUUCAGCUCUUGAAAAUUUCUCCUUGACGCUUUUUUUAGACGUUUGAAGAGUUUAUGAUAUAGUUGUCAACACAGACUAUAGUCAAUUCAAUCGAGGUUCCCUAAGUUUAUAGUGUCAUUAUAUUUCUAUUAUAGCUAGAUCGGGCAUAUCUCGAAUUUUUAAGGAGAUUUGCAGGUUGCUUCGUUGCUUCAAAGCUCUUCUAGUUACUUUAUUCUGAACAUACGUAGACAUAAAUAGUAGAUGGCUUCACCAGAUCUUGAUUCUUCUUGGCUGUCCUCAGCUGGCGAAUCCUUCAAUGGAUCUUUUAACAUACGCAUAGAGGAAGUGAAUCCGGCCGAUAUUUUACUUGUGCCGAGUGCUUCUACCUCCUCCCUAGGCUACACUUCUAAUCUCCCAAAACCGCCUCCACUUCCUGGUAAAACCCCUGCGAGAACAAAUAAUCCUAGAAUACCUAGAGACUGUAGCUUUGUGCCAAAAGAAACAAAGGAUGCAUGGGACAAGCUCUUCAAGGAAGGAUUUGGUGCAGACGUCCUUAUUAUCACUGAAGACGAGGCAGUUAUUCCAGCUCAUUUCAGUGUUCUGAGUAUUGCAUCACCAGUGCUUGGCAAUUUCCUUCAGCAAUUAAAAGUUAAGAAUGGCUCAAGAUAUAUCAAGAUUCCAGGGAUGCCUCAUGAGGCUGUGAAUGCAUUUGUCCGUUUCCUCUACUCAUCCCGUUUUGAAGAAGAGGAUAUGAAGAAGUUUGUUCUCCACUUGUUGGUUUUGUCACAUACAUACUCAGUUCCAGCCCUGAAAAGGGUUUGUAUACACUUUCUGGAGCAGGGUUUGCUGACCAAGGACAAUGUGAUAGAUGUGCUUCAGUUGGCUAGGAACUGUGAUGCACCACGGCUCUCCUUAAUCUGUGUCCACAAGAUUGUGAAGAAUUUCAAAAUUAUAUCUUCAACAGAAGGAUGGAAAGUAAUGAGACGUGGUAAUCCUGCACUAGAACAGGAGCUUCUAGAGUUUGUUGUUGAAGCAGAUUCGAGAAAACAAGACAGACUGAGGAAAAUUGAAGAGAGGCGGGUGUACUUGCAACUAUAUGAAGCAAUGGAAGCACUACUUCACAUAUGCAGGGAUGGAUGUAGGACAAUUGGGCCUCGGGACAAAGUGUUAAGAGGAAACCAGGUUGCUUGCAGUUUUCCAGCCUGCAAAGGGCUCGAGUCUCUGGUACGACACUUUUCCAAUUGCAAGACUCGGGUUCCUGGCGGAUGUGUUCAUUGCAAGCGCAUGUGGCAGCUUCUUGAGCUGCAUUCCCGCAUGUGCAAUGAGCCUGAAUCUUGCAAGGUUCCUCUUUGUAGACAUUUCAAAAUAAAAAUGCAGCAGCAGAGCAAGAAAGAUGAAACAAAGUGGAGACUGCUGGUUAGUAAGGUGAUGGCAGCUAAAAAUGCUCUGGGGCCAUUUGCAGCUCGUCGAUCAGCAAUAUUGUGACCUCGACAGUUUACCUUUUUCCCUGGUGAAUAAACAUUUCCAUCGGUUUGAUAGAAACGCUGGGAAAUUUAUUCUUUUUUUUUUGUUCUUUAGAAGAAGGAUAUUGUGAAGUUGUGUUGUUGGGGAUGGUACUAGGUAAUGCUGUCUGUGUCAUUUUCUUCUCCAUGGAGAGGGAAAAGAUACUUGUAAAGUAAAAUAAAUUGAUUGUAAUAUUUGUUUGACAAUUGCCAUGAUGAUGUAAAUCCUCUUCGAUUGGAAAAUUCCAAAUAAACUGUGUAAUUUCCGGCA